UUUUCUCUUGCUGGUGCAGCUGAGAGCGAGCGAGCGAGAGCGAGACCUGGAAAUGAAAGUAAAGAGAUCAGGAGGCACAUGGAGGGAGCUGCAGGGGCAGCCGAUCCAGAAGCAGAAUGCUGCCUUCUGUAAUUAAAUAGCACUUACUAUUAUUAUUACUUUUAGUAAUAAUACAUUAAUAAUAUCUCUAGUAAUACAAUACCAUUUAUCAAGGAAAGUUUAUACAUAGUGUGGGGGGGAAAACCCGAGAAGAGCCAAGUAUAAUGGAGAGACAGAAGAGAAAACAAGAAAUAGAGAAAGGACUUCAGUUCAUUCAGUCCACGUUACCCCUAAGUCAAGAAGAUUAUGAGGCCUUUUUGCAGAAGCUGGUGAGAAACUUGUUUGCAGAGGGCAAUGAUUUGUUUCGAGAGAAGGAUUUCAAGCUUUCGCUGGUACAGUAUGUAGAAGGGCUGAACGUGGCAGAUUAUGCAGCCUCUGACGAGGUGACCAUCCCAAAGGAACUCCUCUGCAAGCUGCAUGUCAACCGAGCUGCCUGCUACUUUGCCAUGGGGUUGUAUGAGAAGGCACUGGAAGACAGUGAGAAGGCUUUAAGUCUCGACAAGGAGAACAUCCGAGCGCUAUUCCGGAAAGCCCGCUCCUUAAAUGAGCUUGGAAGACACAAAGAAGCAUAUGAGUGCAAUAGCCGAUGCUUGCUGUCCCUCCCACAUGAUGAAAGUGUCACACAACUGGGACAGGAACUUGCCCAGAAGCUGGGACUGAGGGUUCGAAAAGCAUACAAAAGACCUCAGCAGGAAUUGGAAACGUUCUCACUACUCAGUAAUGGCACAUCAAUCAAUUCGUCAAACCAGACUACUUCCAAUGGAUUGGGUUCAAUAGAUGACAUCGAAACAGACUGCGCUAUGGACCUGCAGUGCCUCCCGGCUCCUGUGGCCGCCUCCAUCCCUGUGAAUGAUGGGUUGGCCCCUUUGCCCUCUGACUCAGAUGCAAAGGGCUUGCCUACCUCACUCCCUGCUGCCAGCUUGCUCCCAUCUCCAGACUGUGUACCCUUGCCAGUGCCUGAGAGCGUGGAGGACUUCACAGAUGGGGACAUCAUUGGGGAAGAACUGGACUCCCUCCUGGACUCCCUUGCUGAAGGGUCACCAUACCCUCUAUCUCUGGUCCAGGGCACCAUUCCUGCCAACCUGCCAACUGAGAUGCCCCAGUUGAUUCCUGUGUUUCCGGGGGGAACUCCGCUGCUGCCUCCAGUCGUGACAGCCAACAUCCCUGUCUCCACCCCUCUGCCACCCGCCUCCUUUGGCCUGGUGAUGGAUCCCACCAAGCAGCUCUCCUCCUCCUCUGUCCUGGAUGCCUUCGAGGCCCCACCAGGAGGAAGUGGUGGCUCUACUUUAGAUUCGCUGGAUUCCCUGGAUCUGCUUCCCUACACAGACACAGGGCUCGAUGCCCUGGACUCCUUUGGGACGAGCAGAGGGUCGCUGGAUGCCUUGGAUUCCUUUACCAUUGAAGAAACUAGCUCUCAGGAACUGCGACACCCACCUGGCAGCCAAAAACCAUCCCCCGUGGUCAACCUUGGUGGAGUGAGUCACCCAACUGUGCCCAAGGUCACUGAGCAGCUGCUGUCCCAGCCAGAACCAGUAAUGCCCAACACAGCCCUGCUAGUGAAGAACCCACUGGCAGCUACUCACGUCUUCAAGCAAGCCUGUCAUAUCUGCUACCCCAAAACAGGGCCCAAGGCUGGUGAUUACACCUAUCGGGAAGGCUUGGAGCACAAGUGCAAGCGGGACAUCCUGCUGGGCAGGCUGAAGAACUCGGAAGAUAAGACCUGGAAGAGGAUCCGUCCUCGCCCAACAAAAACCAACUUUGUAGGAUCCUAUUACCUGUGCAAAGAUAUGCUUAACAAGCAGGACUGUAAGUACGGGGAUAACUGCACCUUCGCGUACCACCAGGAAGAGAUCGACGUGUGGACGGAGGAGAGGAAGGGGACCCUCAACCGUGACCUCCUCUUUGACCCGCUAGGUGGGAUCAAGCAGAGCAGCCUCACAAUUGCCAAGCUCCUCAAGGAACAUCAGGGCAUCUUCACCUUCCUCUGUGAGAUUUGCUUCGACAGCAAACCCCGGAUUAUCAGCAAAGGGACCAAGGACACGCCAUCUGUCUGCUCCAACCUUUCUGCCAAACACAGUUUCCAUGACAACAAGUGUCUGGUCCACAUUGUGCGUUCCACCUCCCUGAAAUAUUCCAAAAUCCGUCAGUUCCAAGAGCACUUCCAGUUUGACGUGUGCCGACAUGAGGUGCGUUAUGGCUGCCUACGUGAGGACAGCUGCCACUUUGCUCACAGUUUCAUUGAGCUCAAGGUCUGGCUGCUGCAGCAAUAUUCAGGAAUGACCCAUGAAGAUAUCGUGCAGGAAUCUAAAAAGUACUGGCAGCAGAUGGAGGCACAUGCCAGCAAACCAGCCAACAGCAUGGCUUCUUCCCGGACUCCCACAUCAAGCACCUUUGACCUCCAGAUGAAAUUUGUGUGUGGCCAGUGCUGGAGGAAUGGGCAGCUGGUGGAGCCAGAUAAAGACCUCAAGUACUGUAGUGCCAAAGCCCGCCACUGCUGGACGAAGGAACGCCGUGUCCUGCUGGUGAUGUCCAAAGCAAAGAAGAAGUGGGUGUCAGUCCGACCGCUGCCUCCCACCCGCAACUUCCCACAGCAAUAUGAUUUGUGUAUCCAUGCACAGAAUGGCAGGAAAUGCCAGUAUGUGGGCAACUGCUCCUUUGCCCACAGCCCUGAGGAGAGAGACAUGUGGACCUUCAUGAAAGAAAAUAAAAUACUAGAUAUGCAGCAGACCUAUGACAUGUGGCUAAAGAAACACAACCCCGGGAAGCCUGGAGAGGGAACACCACUCACCUCACGAGAAGGGGAGAAGCAGAUCCAGAUGCCCACCGACUAUGCUGACAUCAUGAUGGGCUACCACUGCUGGCUCUGCGGGAAGAACAGCAACAGCAAGAAGCAAUGGCAGCAGCACAUCCAGUCGGAAAAACACAAGGAAAAAGUCUUCACCUCAGACAGUGAUUCCAGCUGCUGGACCUACCGCUUCCCCAUGGGCGAAUUCCGGCUCUGUGAAAGGUUCCAGAAGAACAAGGCCUGUCCUGAGGGAGAGGAGUGUCGCUAUGCCCAUGGCCAGGACGAACUGACGGAGUGGCUGGACCGGAGGGAAGUGCUGAAACAGAAACUGGCCAAAGCCCGCAAGGACAUGCUGCUCUGCCCCAGGGAUGACGACUUCGGGAAAUACAACUUCCUAUUGCGGGAUGGUGUAUAGUAAGGGCAGGGGAGAGCCUGUCAGCUGCAGAAAUACGGGGUGGGUUUUCCGAGUGGCAGUAGCAGGGAGAGUGAGAUCUGUGUCUUGCAAAGAGAACUUUUUCUUUUCUUUUCUUCUAAGAUUAUGAGACGAUGAUUUAUUAGUGAUGAAUGAAUUUGUGAAUUUGAUUCUCCUUGGUCAGCGAACGCCGUGCUCACUGAGUUUGUGAUCCAUCUUUUCUCCUUUCUUUCCCCCAAGUUCUCCCUCCACUCCAUCUUUUUGUUUUCACUGUCCAAAGAAAUUAAUUCAGUUUGUACUGGGCUGCAAAACAGAGCAUUUUUCCUUGUGUUAUUACUCUGUCCUUCAGAGUACAACUGCAGAGGUCUGGAGGACAGACUUGAGAGAAAGGGCCAGAGAAGCUGUGGAUGCCCCAUCUCCGGAAGUGUUCAAGGCCAGGUUGGAUAGAGCUCUGAGCAACAUGGUCUAGUGGAAGGUGUCUUUGGAUGGGGGAUUGGAACUAGAUGGUCUUUAAGGUCCCUUCCAACCCAGGCCAUUCUUUGAUUCUAUGAUUUUAUGAUUUUUUGACAUCUGGUGAAAAGAUGACCCAUGAAUUUCAUGUGUUCCUCUUUUCAGUGCUGCAGAGCAAACCCCACUCAUCCUGCUGCAGCCUUCCCGCUCUCCUGGGAGUUCAAUACCAGAAGAAUUAGGAAUUGAGGUGCAAAGAAGGAAAACCACUAGAUCUGUCUUAAAACAUCUAGGCUUAAGCUCCUACUAUCUAUAUUGCCCUGAGGCAUCAACUGGUGUUGAGGAGGAUAACAGCCUGUGGCGUAACAGUGCAGGUGAAAGCAGCAAAGUAAUGAAACUGAUUGCAGCAGCAGGAACUGGGUUGUAGGUUACUUCAGACUGUUUCAGCUGACUGUACCCAGAAAGCAGAUUGGUGACUCUUCAUUAGACGUCUUUCUCAGUGUGUGGCAAAUAUUCAGAGUAAAUAGUUUUGGUUUUGUUUUCUGGCUGAUGGGACUACUGCAAGAUUGAACCCAUCUAGUAGGUGGAGUCUGUGACACACCCUGUGUCACUGUAGUCCAUGCAGCAGUAUCAGUCAGGAGGAAGGCUGUAACCAAAAGGAGACUGUGUUUCUGUGUUGCCUUGUGUCCUGAAGAGAAGAGAGGGAGGUAACGGUGUUCCCUUUUUGCUCUUUAAAUGAUGUGUGCUUCUGGUUACAUAGAGCUGUGUUUUUGCCUGCACUGCCAGAACUGGGUGGGAACCUAUUUAAAAGGACACCAUCGAGCAGCAUGGGCGAUAUUUAGCUGAUGGGAAUCCAGCUGGAACCACUUACCAGCACCAGAGGUCCAGCUCCCUCCUCCUCAGAGCCGGGGCAGGGAGCUUGCAGAUGCACAGUGCAGCCAGGAUGUGACCCAGGGCAGGGACAGUGGUGAAGAGUGAGUGGCACGGUGGGUGGGACCCAGCCAUGCGCCUGCUCCUGCCCUGCCUGAUGUAUGCCAUGAUGGGGGAACCAGUGAUGCUGAGCUCUGGGCCGGGAUUUUUGGCUUUUAUAGUGGCAGCAGGAAGAGGCAGUACUGCUCUGAAUGCCAGCCUUGUACUUUCCAGUGGUCUCUUCCUUCCUGUAAGCAGUAAACAUGUGUCCUGUCCUGAGCUUCCCUCUCCUCUCUUCUGCAGUCCAGCUGUGCUUUGCAGUUUUGGAUGCAGGGAUGGCACCAUCCACUCAAACACAAACACAUCUCCCUCCCAGCCUUCACUAGGGAUGUCUUUUUUGUACAGAGUCUCCUUGGACAGCAGUCUUGGAUUCAUUGAGGCUGGCAGUGCUGUGUCCAUGGUAAAUACAAUCUGGCUGUGAACUGCUUGGUGCUUUGGCACUGCCGGAUCUCCCUCUUUGCUCCCUGCUCCCAUAUCAUUGGGGUUCACAGCUUCAGGAGAGACAAGAUGUGGAAAUCAGGAGAUGUGGAAAUGCAGCAGGUGCUGUGGGGGCAGCUGUCGCCUUUCUAAACCAGCCUUCGGGGAGGUGCUUUGGCUCCACUGGGGUGGAGUUACGGUGCAGUUACGGAGCAGAGUGCUCUGCACGCUAGUCUGAAGUCUUUCCAGAGAGACAGUGUGCUCUAAGGAAACUGAAUGUGCCUCUGCACUUUGAAUCACUUAGGUUGGAAAAGAACUCAAAGAUCAUCAAGUCCAAUCAUUAACCCUGCACUGCAAAGUCCCUAGACUAAACCACAUCCCUAAUUGUUACAUCUACAUGUCUUUCUAAAUACUUUCAGGGAUGGUGACUCAGCCACUUCCUUGGACAACUCAACCACUUCUCCACAGAACUUUUUUCCUCUCCCUUAAAAUGUGGAUGGUGGUCACUGGUUUGGUAUGAGCAAUAUCAGACAUGGCAGUUUUUGAGUGGUCAGGUGCUAUAUUUUCUCCUCUGUCCUUUGUGGUACCUUCUCCUGGUCCUCCUUGUGCUCAAGGGAUCAGCUUUACAGACAGAGACGGGAGAAGGCAGGCAUCAGCUCCUGGGUUAUCUUGUUCUGCUCUUCUUGGGCAGAGACACCAAGGAAGGAAAUCUGGAUUGGGGAACAUUGGAAUGUGUUUUUUAUUUUUAAAACAAACUUGCAUCUCUAGUGUGACUGGUGUUCGCUGAGCCGUGAUUUCCGUAUGAGAACUUGUUUAAGUUAUGGGUGUGUCACUGUCCCCUCUCCCCAUCUCUGCAAUGAGAGACAAGCUGCUCAGUGAGGUUUUGGGGGUUUGGGCUGGGGCUGAGGCGGGGAGAGGGAGAGCAUGUGUGAGGUGAGGUGAGGUGAGGGGCCCACAGUCAUGGGGGUUGUGUUGAGUGUCUCUUUUUGUUUUCCCUGAUAUGAUAACCUGGUCUGUGGUGUUGCAGUACUUUGUCACCAGACUUGUUUUAGUGUGUAUAUAUGUGACCCCUCCCAUGAAGCAUAUAUACACAGGUAUUAAAUAUAUCUCUCUAUAUAAUAUUAUAUGUGUGUGGUAUCAAAGGAAUCUUUUAAAAUGAGGGUAAAGGAAAAGGACUCGGGCCAGGAAACGCAGCAUCUCCGGUUUAAAUAUGAAGAGUUUCAUUUGGCAUAGGGAAAGGGAAAUAACAAAAAAGGGGAGGGUUUUAUAUGGAUAGGUAUAAAUUUUGAGAUGGGACAGGUUUCCCUGUUCACAUUUCUGAAACCCCUUAGGAUGUCCUCGCAGUCCCAUCUCAGUGAGAGAGUAUUAUACUGCUAACUAGUGAGUAAAGUUUUAAAGGUAAGGCUUGGCUAAUAUUAUUUAAAGGGACAUUGUGAAAGACAGGAAGGUUCACACGUGACUUCUCAGGCUCGCUUUAUCAAGCCAAGAGGGUUUUUUUCAGCACACUAUGUGCUCUCAGCAAAACUGCUCGGCGCUCACAGCUCUACAACAGAUAAACCACAAGUUGUAGGGCUGCGUUAGUGGUUUGUUCACAAGACUCUGAUAACUCUCUCUUCUUUAUUCAUGUGAGAGAAGAAAAUUCUGCAGCGCAGAACCAAAUUUGAGGGUUAUUAGCAAAAGAAGUGAUGUUGUAAUUUCGUAACAUCAGAAGAAAAUUGCAUAUCCUGUAAAAUAACCACAGACAUUCACACAGAGCAGAAACUUGUUAAAUGCUGAAGGACUUAGUGAAACUCUUUUCCCAAAUUCUUUGGUAGGGGCAGGAAUUUAAGUGACGCUGGCAUCGGAGUUAACCUGGCCUUUACAGGGGGAAAUGAAAAAAAAAACCAACAACAGAAAAUACCCUGCUUAGCUUGUAUGAAACUGUAUGUCAAAAAUGGAUGGGUUUUAGCAAGUGAAAGGAAAAGAUAGCAAGGGGAUGCUGCAGUUCUGAGCUGGGUAGUAAUGAUUUCGAGUCCUUUAAUAUGUCUUUGUAUUAAUAUAAUUUAAGAAUACCACGCUUUACUAUUAAAAAAGAACUUAGUAUCUUUCAUAAGGUCUAGUAUCAGGAUAAUAAUGUAGAUGUUUUAACAACGUUUUUGUUCUUAAAUAAAGAAAAAAACCAAACUUGCUUCUUAUAGCCUUUGUAAUAGAAAAUAAAAGUGUGCACUUUAAACCGUC